CGCCCCUGUAAGUGACAACACAGCUGGCUGACGCACAAGGGGAUGUGAAACCUUCUGACUUCAGAGAUCAAAUGUGAUUAUCAACGACUACCGCUCCAGUGCUCAGAUCCCCAGUCAAGGAGUGGCGACAACCCUCGGCACAACACUCCCCCAGCGUUAUUAUUUUGCUGCUUUGGUGUUGAAGGCAGAGAGAGAGGGGGAGUUUACUGAUCUGUUUGGGGAGAGAACGAGCGAUAACCUUGGCCGGAGGCAGAGAGCGAAUACAAUCACCGGACUCUCAGAUACCGGAAUCGCUGCAAGGAGAGAUUUAAAAAGGAUCAGACCGCGUAUCUCUCAUCUAUAGAAACUAUAAUUCAUUGUUUUUUUUGCAAACUAUGGCUGCUUCAUCUGCUACAAGGGUCUUUGUGUUAUCCCUUGCGUCAAUUCCAGUGGCCUAUCUCUUUAAUGCGUUGUCCACCAACAGCAGCAACCCUUGGACAAUCCUUAUUGUUGCAUUUUUGAUCCUGAUUUCUAUUGCAAUAGUGGCAUUUUUCCUGGUUAAAAAAAAACCUCCAAAGGAUCAUUUAUUCUACAUUUACACGGUGUUUGCAUUUACUAGUGUGGUGGAUCUGAUUAUUGGACUUGAGCAGGAUGGACUUAUUGAUGGGUACAUGACACACUACCUUAAAGAGGGUGAACCGUACCUAAGCACAGGCCAUGGCCACAUGAUUUGUUACUGGGAUGGUUCAGCACACUACCUGAUGUAUCUCUUGAUGGUUGCAGCGAUUGCCUGGGAGCAGAGUUACAGGACUAUUGGCUUGUUCUGGGUUGGAUCGAUUCUGAUGAGUACUGUAGUAUUCGUCUCUGGAAACCUUGUUGGAAAGUAUGGCACCAAAGUUGGCCCUGCCAGUCUCCUGAUCAUCCCUUACUUUGUUCUUCCAAUGUGGGCUGUUCUUCACAUCUGCAACCAGCCUUUACCGAACGAGUCGACACCUAAGGCGAUUGAGAUGGCCCAAAAGAGGACCCUGAUGCAGAGACCACUGGACCUGGCGCUGGCCAUAUCACUCCUCUUCACCACCAGCUUCAGUAUCUUCAGAGGAUUGGUGGCUUUAGACUGUCCUGCCAAGGUUUGUCGGCAAUACCUGCAACAACAAGAGCCGUACCUGAGAGAUCCCGCGGCUUAUCCAAAGAUACAGAUGCUGGUGUACAUGUUCUACUCUGUCCCUUUCAGCGUUGGAACACUGUAUGGUCUUCUGGUUCCUGGAUGUUCCUGGCUCCCGGACUUGGCUCUACUGCACGCUGGAGGCCUUGCACAGGCCCAGUUUUCUCACAUGGGAGCAUCCCUCCAUUCCAGGACCCCGUACAUGUACCGAGUACCAGAGGACACCCAGCUGGCCUUUCUAAUAAUAAACGGACUCUACUGCAUCCUGCCGCAGCUACUUGCCCUGCGAUGUGUCCACUGCCCUGAGUUUUUCCUUAAAAGGAAAGAAGACCCAAAGACCAAGUAAACCCUCGUUGUAUUAAAUAUUUUAUUUUUCUGCCCCAAAUAUGUAUAAUUUGCUAAUUAAAUGGAUCGGCAGAUUAAAUAUUAGUAAAUAUACCAAUAGGAAAAUUGUAUUAGUGCCUUGUAAAUGAAGUUCAUUUUCUAUUUUGCUAUUAAUACUGUUUUAUUAACUAAAUGUACUGUUGUGCAAAGUUGUAGAUUUGUGUAUUUAAGAGCAAUCAAUACAUAAGUGCCAAACACAAUGCACUUAUGCUUCUGCCAGUGAUUUUAGCUGCAAAAUGCAAAAUGCUUAUUCUGUGCAGCCAUCUUCUUGCGUGUGGCGUGCACAGCCUAAAGUUGUUGGACAACUUGUUCUAUUUGAUCUUAUUUCAUUGUGCACGCCGGGUUGACUGCAUUCGUCGAAACAGGGCGGACCACGUGAAGGUUGCAAUCUCCCACCCCUUCUGUGCAGUAGAGUUAGUUGGCAAGUUUCAGUGAGGACUAGGGAGGGGAAUGUAAAUGUCAAGGUGAAGAUAGACAUAAAAUGCUGGUGUGACUCAGCGGGACAGGCAGCAUCUCUGGAGAGAAGGAAUGGGUGACGUUUCGGGUCGAGACCACCAGCUCAAUCAAGGACCAGUC